AGCACAAAACUUAGCAGCAGUAGAAGAAUACUCUUAUUUAACAAGAUUUAGUUAUGAAGGCAUUACAGGUCUUAAAUGUGCUUCUCCUGGCUGCAGCAGCAACUAAUGGCCAGUCAUACCACAUUGGCAGUUGCCCAGAUUUAAUAACGCAAGAAAACUUUAAUGUUACAAAGUAUAUGGGCACUUGGUAUGAAGUAGAGAAGCUCCCAGCUGUGUUUGAAAAAGGAAGAUGUAUCCAAGCCACUUACAGUCUUCUCCCUGAUGGAACUGUCAGAGUUCACAAUGAAGAGCUUUUGUCUGGCGGGACAAUCAAUUCAAUUAUGGGAGUUGCCGAAGUGACAGAUCCUUCUCAACCUGCCAUCCUCAGUGUUCGAUUCUUUAAAGGUGUGCCUGAAUCUUCAUACAAGAUUCUUUCCACAGAUUACCAGUCCUAUGCUUUGGUGUACUCCUGCAGUGACUUCUUCGGACUGUUUUACAUUGACUUUGCUUGGAUUCUGGCUCGUACUCGUACAAUGUCUGAGGACAUGCUUAGCAAGUUACGUGACAAGAUGACAGCAGCUGGUGUAGAUGUAAACCAUCUUACAGUCACCAACCAGACUGCUUGUGAUGGUUACAGAUGGGAAGGCAGAGGACAGUGAAAAGUUCUUCACCUGACUGACAUUUGCCAAACAACACCAGGAUUGUCAGAUUGGCUAUUAGCGCCCUAUGCUUUUCAUGGAUGAGAGCAGGUUCACAUUGAGCACAUGUGAUAGACGUGAGAGAGUCUGGAGAUGCUGUGGAGAACAUUCUGCUGCCUACAACAUCCUCCAGCAUGACCAGUUUGGCAGAGGAUCAGUGAUGGUCUGAUGAGGCAUAUCCUUGGAGGGCCACACAAACCAUGUGCCAGCCAGAGGUAUCCUGACUGCCAUUAGAUAGAUGAGAGAUCCUCAGACACAUUGUCAGACCAUAUGCUGCUGCAGUGGUCCUGGGCUCCUUCUGAUAAUGCUCGGCCUCAAGUGGCUGGAGUGUGUCAGCAGUUUCUGCAUGCUGAUGGCUUUGAUGCUAUGGACUGGCCAAUCUGUUCACCAGACCUGAAACAAACAAGCACACAGUCUGGGGCAGUCUCAUUCCAUCCACCGCCACCACGUCGCACCACAGACUGACCAGGGGUUGACCGAUACCCUGAUCCAGAUGUGGGAGGAGAUUCCUCAGGAGAACAUCUGUUAUCUCGUCAGGAGCACCCCCAGACGUUGUAGGGAUUGCAUACAGGCAUGUGGAGUCCACACACACUACUAAAUGUUGUUUUAAAUUGUCAUGAGGAAUUUCCACAGAAGGUGGUCUGUUCUUGUGAUCUGAUCUUUCCACUUUUAUUUUGAGUAUGAUUCUGAAUCCAGACCUGUAUGGGUGAAUGAUUUUGAUUUUCAUUGAUCAUUUUUGUGUUAUUUUU